AUAUUGAAGCACAAAUUCGAGAAAUUCAAGGAAAAAAGCCUGCUCUUGAUGAAGCACAAGGAGUAGGCCUUGAUUCCACAGGAUAUUACGAUCAAGAAAUUUAUGGUGGCAGUGACAGCAGGUUUGCUGGAUACGUCACUUCUAUUGCAGCAACUGAAUUGGAAGAUGAUGAUGAUGACUACCCUUCUACGAGUUUGCUUGGCCAGAAGAAGCCAGGGUACCAUGCUCCAGUGGCAUUGCUUAAUGACAUACCACAGUCUACUGAACAGUAUGAUCCUUUUGCAGAACACCGUCCUCAAAAGAUUGCGGAUCGGGAAGAUGAGUACAAAAAGCACAGGCGGAUGAUGAUAAUUUCCCCUGAGCGUCUUGAUCCUUUUGCAGAUGGAGGGAAGACACCAGAUCCUAAAAUGAAUGCCAGAACGUACAUGGAUGUUAUGCGUGAACAGCAUUUAACAAAAGAAGAGAGGGAAAUUAGGCAACAACUAGCUGAAAAAGCUAAGGCUGGAGAGCUUAAAGUGGUCAAUGGAGCCGCAUCUCAGCCACCUUCAAAACGCAAACGGCGUUGGGAUCAGACAGCUGAUCAGACUCCUGGUGCUACACCUAAAAAGUUAUCCAGUUGGGAUCAAGCAGAGACUCCUGGACAUACGCCAUCUCUGCGAUGGGAUGAAACUCCAGGCCGUGCAAAGGGUAGCGAAACUCCUGGUGCCACCCCAGGCUCGAAAAUAUGGGAUCCAACUCCCAGUCAUACACCAGCAGGAGCUGCCACACCUGGACGGGACACACCUGGUCAUGCAACACCAGGCCAUGGAGGUGCCACUUCCAGUGCACGUAAAAAUCGAUGGGAUGAAACACCUAAAACAGAAAGAGAUACGCCGGGACAUGGUAGCGGAUGGGCUGAGACACCUCGUACGGAUAGAGGUGGUGACUCCAUUGGUGAGACACCAACCCCAGGAGCAAGUAAGAGAAAGUCGCGAUGGGAUGAAACACCUGCUAGCCAGAUGGGUGGCAGCACUCCUGUUCUGACACCUGGAAAAACACCCAUUGGUACACCAGCUAUGAACAUGGCAACUCCUACACCAGGUCAUAUUAUGAGCAUGACUCCUGAACAGCUGCAGGCUUGGCGUUGGGAAAGGGAAAUUGAUGAGAGAAACAGACCGCUUUCUGAUGAAGAAUUGGAUGCUAUGUUUCCAGAAGGAUAUAAGGUUCUUCCCCCGCCAGCUGGUUAUGUACCUAUUCGCACACCGGCUCGUAAACUUACAGCAACUCCAACACCUUUGGGUGGUAUGACUGGAUUCCACAUGCAGACAGAAGACCGGACUAUGAAGAGUGUUAAUGACCAGCCAUCUGGCAAUCUUCCAUUCCUAAAACCAGAUGAUAUCCAAUACUUUGAUAAACUGCUGGUUGAUGUUGAUGAAUCAACUCUGAGUCCUGAAGAACAGAAAGAGAGAAAAAUAAUGAAAUUACUUCUGAAAAUAAAGAAUGGCACACCUCCUAUGAGAAAGGCUGCAUUGCGACAAAUUACUGAUAAAGCUCGGGAAUUUGGAGCAGGACCAUUGUUUAAUCAGAUUCUGCCUCUGCUGAUGUCACCAACGCUUGAAGAUCAGGAGCGUCACUUGCUUGUCAAAGUCAUUGACAGAAUUCUUUACAAACUGGAUGACUUGGUCCGACCAUAUGUACACAAGAUUCUUGUUGUCAUUGAACCAUUGCUGAUUGAUGAAGACUACUAUGCUAGAGUGGAAGGCAGAGAAAUUAUUUCAAACUUGGCUAAGGCUGCUGGUUUGGCAACAAUGAUCUCCACAAUGCGACCUGAUAUUGAUAAUAUGGAUGAAUAUGUCCGAAAUACAACAGCUCGAGCCUUUGCUGUCGUUGCCUCUGCUUUGGGCAUUCCUUCUCUGUUACCCUUCUUGAAAGCUGUCUGUAAAAGCAAAAAAUCUUGGCAGGCUAGGCAUACUGGCAUCAAGAUUGUGCAGCAGAUUGCUAUUCUUAUGGGUUGUGCUAUCUUGCCUCAUCUCAGGAGCUUGGUUGAAAUUAUUGAACAUGGUCUGGUGGAUGAGCAGCAGAAAGUUCGUACCAUCAGUGCUUUGGCUAUUGCUGCUUUGGCUGAGGCAGCUACUCCCUAUGGUAUUGAGUCAUUUGAUUCUGUUCUGAAGCCUUUAUGGAAGGGUAUACGUCAACACAGAGGAAAGGGUUUGGCUGCCUUUUUGAAGGCUAUUGGUUACCUGAUUCCACUCAUGGAUGCUGAGUAUGCAAACUAUUACACCAGAGAAGUCAUGCUAAUCCUUAUCAGAGAGUUCCAGUCUCCUGAUGAAGAGAUGAAAAAAAUUGUGUUGAAGGUGGUAAAGCAGUGUUGUGGUACAGAUGGUGUUGAAGCAAACUACAUUAAAACAGAAAUCUUGCCACCUUUUUUCAAACACUUCUGGCAGCACAGAAUGGCAUUGGACAGAAGAAAUUACAGACAGUUGGUUGAUACAACUGUGGAGCUUGCAAAUAAAGUUGGAGCAGCAGAAAUUAUUUCUAGAAUUGUGGAUGAUCUGAAAGAUGAGGCUGAGCAGUACAGAAAAAUGGUCAUGGAAACAAUUGAGAAGAUAAUGGGAAAUCUGGGGGCGGCAGACAUUGAUCAUAAACUGGAAGAACAACUUAUUGAUGGUAUCUUGUACGCCUUUCAGGAACAGACCACAGAGGAUUCUGUGAUGCUGAAUGGUUUUGGCACAGUCGUUAAUGCUCUAGGCAAAAGAGUUAAGCCCUACCUGCCACAAAUCUGUGGUACAGUUUUGUGGCGUUUGAACAACAAAUCAGCUAAAGUUAGGCAGCAGGCUGCUGACCUGAUCUCUCGUACUGCAGUUGUCAUGAAGACCUGUCAAGAGGAAAAACUGAUGGGACACUUAGGUGUUGUGUUGUAUGAGUACCUGGGUGAAGAAUAUCCUGAAGUACUGGGCAGCAUACUUGGAGCACUUAAGGCCAUUGUGAAUGUUAUAGGUAUGCACAAGAUGACGCCACCAAUCAAAGAUCUGCUGCCACGGCUUACACCUAUUUUGAAGAACAGACAUGAGAAAGUACAGGAAAAUUGUAUUGAUCUUGUUGGGCGCAUUGCAGAUCGAGGUGCAGAGUAUGUUUCAGCAAGAGAAUGGAUGAGGAUCUGCUUUGAACUGCUUGAAUUAUUAAAAGCUCACAAGAAAGCUAUCAGAAGAGCCACAGUGAACACUUUUGGUUAUAUUGCGAAAGCUAUUGGACCUCACGAUGUAUUGGCUACACUGCUAAAUAACCUGAAAGUACAGGAAAGGCAGAACAGAGUAUGUACCACAGUAGCAAUCGCUAUUGUAGCUGAAACAUGCUCGCCUUUCACAGUGCUGCCUGCACUCAUGAAUGAAUACAGAGUUCCAGAACUGAAUGUCCAGAAUGGUGUGUUAAAAUCUCUUUCUUUCCUUUUUGAAUAUAUUGGAGAGAUGGGAAAAGAUUACAUUUAUGCUGUUACACCAUUGCUUGAAGAUGCUUUAAUGGACAG